CUGCGUCGGAUGCACGUCAUUCAACAUGGCGGCGCUCUUGCCCUUGAUACUGAAGUCCAGGACGUGUAUCGUUCUGUCAAGUCAGACACCUACUGUAGUAUUGACGAGGUUUGCUUCAAAGAAGUCAGGAGGAAGCAGCAAAAACCUGGGAGGGAAUAGUGCCGGCCGACGAUAUGGUCACAAGAAACAUGAUGGAAACUUUGUUCAUGCUGGCAACAUCCUCGCAACACAACGUAAAGGUCUAAUGCGCUGGCAUCCCGGAGCUCAUGUUGGUAUUGGAACCAACAAAACAAUUUAUGCCCUAGAAGAUGGUAUUGUUCGGUUCACCAAGGAAGUGUACAUUCCUCUACCAAGGAGUGCUGAAGCCCGGGAUGUCAUCCCUAAACUUCCAAAGGGUGCUAUUCUGUACAAGACCUUUAUUAAUGUCAUUCCUUCAAAACAGGAGAACACAUUUAAACUUGUGGACUUAGUAUAAAAGAGACGUUUCCCCUCAAACUACAUCUUGAUCUGAAUUCUUUAGAUUGGUUAUCCGCUCUGCAGAAUUUGUUGCUUUUUCCAAAUGCAUCUAAAAAUCAGUAGAAUAUGUAAUUUCUUUGUAUUUAUACAGCUAUGUGCUACUCCAAUAAAGAUUUUUAUCAAACACCA